AUGGCGUCAUACAUCGUGGCAGGAGAGGAGGGAUAUGCAGAUCAGAGUGGUAUAGCUCCCAGUGGGGAUGGCCAGGAGGUGACCUCUUGGACGGCUUUGGGUGUUUGUAGAGCUCCUGAUCAAGCAGGAAGGGAGCAGCCGUACAGAAGAUGAGAAGAGCAUAGUGUCCCAAAUUGGGAGUUGUAUGUAGAAAUAGGGACAAUAGCUCUAAAUAUCCAUAUUAUAACACCUGGUACAUCUACUUUUUCAAUCUCAGCUUUGACAUCAGCAGCUGCAGCGCUACUCUUUGCAUGUAUUUAUGUGCUGAUAUGGUAUAUGACGGGGAAAAGGAACUGGUUUCUCCUCUCGAAAAAGAAUAGCAGCACCACUGAAAGGCAUUACGAGGCCAUGAUAAUAUCUUAUGGAUCCCUUGCUCCAAAGAGAUUCACUUACUCAGAAGUAAUGAAGAUAACGUCUUCUCGCAAUAAGCAGCUUGGUAAAGGUGGUUAUGGUGUGGUCUUCGAAGGAAAGCUACAUGAUGGUCGUCUUGUUGCUGUGAAAUUCUUGCAUGAUUGCAAAGGAAAUGGGGAAGAGUUUGUUAAUGAGGUUAUGAGCAUUGGUAGGACCUCUCAUGUGAAUAUUGUUAGCCUGUUUGGAUUUUGUUUGGAGGGAUCAAAACGAGCUCUUAUAUAUGAGUACAUGUGCAAUGGUUCCCUGGAUAGAUACAUUUACUCAGAGAAUCCAAAAGAAAUUUUAGGAUGGGAGAGGCUCUAUGCAAUAGCUACCGGGAUAGCUCGUGGACUGGAAUAUUUGCACCAUAGCUGUAAUACACGGAUCGUCCAUUUUGACAUUAAGCCUCAAAAUAUCCUUCUAGAUCAGGAUUUUUGCCCAAAAAUUGCUGAUUUUGGUCUUGCUAAACUGUGCCGUACCAAGGAGAGCAAGCUUUCAAUGGUUGGUGCUAGAGGAACAAUUGGAUUCAUUGCUCCAGAAGUUCACUCACGAAACUUCGGACUUGUUUCAACAAAGUCAGAUGUUUAUAGUUAUGGAAUGAUGUUGCUAGAGAUGGUUGGAGGAAGGAAAAAUGUGAAAUCAUUGGCUGAAAAAUCCAGCGAAAAGUAUUUCCCAGAUUGGAUUUAUGACCACUUUGCUCAAGAUGAUGGAUUAGAAGCAUGUGAAGUUACAAGUGACAUUGAGGAAAUUGCAAGAAAGAUGACCUUGAUUGGCUUGUGGUGCAUACAAGUAUUACCUGCGUAUCGCCCUACUAUAACAAAAGUUCUAGAAAUGUUUGACAGAAGCUUAGAUGAUAUGGCCAUGCCACCGAAGCAGAACUUCAAUGGACUACUCGAAAAUGCAGCUCAUAAUAUGAAUGUGGAAAGUGCAAGCUCUAUGACAUCCGAGGAGAUAAGGCUUGUGAAUUCAGGAAAUACACAACAAUUUCCAACUCUUUGA